GCCACAUUUUACUUGCCAUGGCAGUGGUUGGGGCCCCCAGACCAGCACAAUAGCAAGCUAACAAGACUAGCUGGCUGUUGUGGAUGCUAAGCUCGCUAAAGAGAACUGGUGCCUCUCUAAAAGCCGCAUAACAACAAGGUGCCUGUAUCAUGGAUCAAUCGCCAGUGACGGAUGAAAUAUCUGUUGACAUUACUGACCAAGCUCAAGGGCCAGCUCCGGAUAUCCCAAAUCCCAAAUGGAUAACAAGUAUACUAUCUGAAGAACACAGUAAUGGGAGUCAUGGAACUGAGACUUUACACUGCCAUGAUGACAGUGGAGGUGUUUUUACUGAGGAUGACCACUUUGCACUUAGCAAUGAUUGCAUGUCAGAGUUUUCAUAUAGUGACAUCUCACUGCCAGAAGUCUGUAUUUCCUCAAACACAAACUCUGCUAAAGAAGAAAUGAACUAUGAGGUCCAGCAAGCCUAUAGAAUAUUCAGCGAAUUCCUUACAGAGAAACACAAAGGCAUAACUAGCUCAUUCUUGCAUCCAAUAGUAAAUCAGGACCAGGAAACCCAAUAUGGCUCAGGAGGGGUACAUAACAAGUACCCAGUUAAUGUCAGGCAGUCCAUGUGCUUACGCAGAAUGGAAGAAAAGUUUUUCCAGCAAGAAUAUGAGACCAUAACAGAGUUUGUUGCGGACUUCAGACUAAUGUUGGAGAAUUGUUAUCGCUACCAUGGAGUUGACCAUUGGCUGUCGAAACAGGCACAGAAAUUGGAAAUAAUGCUAGAGCAGAAGUUAACACUACUUUCCAGGAAAUUGCGUGAAAAAACAACUCUUGCUGUGACAUCAAAAGGACGGUUUGGUGUUGGAGAGGAACGAGCUUCCUCAUCUUCCACCAGGAGGAGACAGACUCGGAGUAUAAAAACAUUGACAGUUGGUGGGCAUGAGUCUGUUAUGGUACAAACUUUGAGGGCUGAAGAGCAACAAAGGGCCAGGGAAGAGAAAAGACAGCGUGAACUUGAGAAGAAAGAGGCAGAAGAAAUAUCAGCCAAAGAGAUGGAUGAAUGGGAGCAAAAAUUGUUAUCUCAGGCUUCCCCUCACAAUGUGGAGACACUUUGGGAGCUGCCAGCAAUAGGACACUUUCUCUGUUUGGCUCAGAGUGCUCUUAACCUCCCGGAGAUAGUCUUUUUUGAGCUAGAGCGGUGUCUCCUAAUGCCUCGCUGCAGCAUUCUCUUGUCCAAAAUUAUGUCUUCCUUGCUCUGUCCACCACAGAGGAGGUCCACUUUGCACCGUCGUCCACUUCUGCCAUACAGACGCUGGGAGUCUGAGCUAAGACAAAGGGUUAAGAUUUGGUAUCAAUCUGUUGGUUCAUCCCAUGAUCAGACAGCUCGAGCUGAGCAGCUUGGUUUGAGCCAUCAGUUUUUUUGUGUCCUUGGAAAAAGCAGUCCUUUGGAGGCAAAAGCCUUUCAUAUGCUGCCCUUUUACCAGCGUGUAUGGCUUCUCAAGGGCUUAUGUGACCAUGUGUAUGAAACACAGAGGGAUAUACAAAUAGCAGUUCUGGCUCAGCCCAUUCAUGAAUGUAGGGAGUCAAUUUUGGGUUAUGACAGCAAAGAGAAUGCAUAUAUACACUUUCCACACUUUUGUGGAGCAGAUCUGAGGAUUUAUUGUCAAAGUCCCUGCACACCCCCAAGCUUUCCCUUUCCUUCAGUUUUGGUGGAAAAGGUUGAAUUACUGCACAGAUUAGAGGAAGAGAUGCCUUCUAUUACUAAAAACAGCAGUGAAGUUUCAUUUUUUCAUUUUAAUGAAAAAACAGUUAAAGAGGAAAUGGACGAAACAUGUAAAGUUGAAACUAAUGAUAAAGAUGUAGACAGAUGCCAUUCUUGGCGACCGAAACCAAGGGAGCACAUUCAAAGAUCAAACGAAGACACUGGCAAUGAAUCUAAAGUGGAACCUCAUACUAACUCUUCAUCAAUUAAAGGACUUAUCAGGAAACAUAUUCUAACUGAGGAAAAAUCUGAGGUUGAUCUUGAAACUAAAAGACUAAAAAGUGAGAUGGGCAGUUUGUGUCCAUUACAAAAAAAGACGUUACACUGUCCUAGUGAUGAGGAACAUUGCUAUACAGGAAGAUCACCAACAAGCUCCGUAACUGGGUCCCCAUUACCAAGUUUUGCAACAAAUGUUGCCCUAAGAGACCAAAGACAGUCGUGUAAAAGCAAAAACAGUCCUUUUAAGACUGGCCUGUGUCAAUGCUGCUGUGAAUCUUCAGAGCUUCUCAAAACACAGAUAUCCACAGAACACACUCAAACUUUUUGUGAGAAGAAAGUGAAUGACAAAAUCCCGACUAAGAAGAAAAAGUGGAGAAAAAAGAAAGGAAGAGAACUGCCUUCGCACAUCAAACCUGAGCAGAAGCAGCCACAGCAUGUAGACAGGACACUGUCUUGUGCUAAACCUCCCAUGCCUUUGGAGUCAAUCACUGGUAUCAAGAGGAAAGACAAGAAGAGAAAACACAUAGAAGGUAACUCUCCUCUCUCUAAGAAAAUGAAUGAGCCACAUGCUGGACCAUCUUUUAAGUUGAUAUGCACCAAUCUUGAUGAUUUGCGAGACUUAAUUAAUAAGACCGAGGAUGAGCUUGAUGAUCUAGAGAGCACAAAAAGGAAAAUGAAUCGGUGGUAUUGUAGAAGAGAAGCAGUCAAAGAUCUUCACAGCACAUUGAUCAGAUUAUUGAAUGAGCUUACUCCCUGGGAACCUAAACUAAUCAAAGCAUAUCAACGAAAUAGGCUACGUUUAAAGAAGGAAUUUGAGAUCUUCAGAAGUCAUCCAGAAUAUAACAACUUUGUGCGUGAGGAGUCCAUUUCAUCAUCAUCAUCAUCCUCAUCCUCAUCAUCAUCAUCAGAUUAUGAUGAAGGAGAACCGGAUUUGCUGUUUGAACAAUGCCAUCAAUCAGGACAUGUAGAUCCAGAGCACAUACUUCCCCGAGGACUUGGAGGAACUGUAAAGGACUUGUCCACUGAGUUUUCUGUAGAUAUUCCAGUGACUCACAAAAGUCAUAAUUGUCAAAAGCCACCCGUGUCUGCUAUAAGUGUCAACUUGGAUCCCUCCCUUAAAAAUAUAUGUAAAUCUGAGCUAAAUCAUCAAUCAGAGAAAUCCAGCGAUUCAUACUCUUCUGAGAAACCAUCUGCUCCAUUGUUAAAACAGAACUUUCUCUUUACUGCAAGUGGACAAUCCAAAAGCUACACGCCUAUCCCAACCCUUCUGGCCAAAAGUGUUGGUAACAAAGUGACUUUAAUGAAACAGCCAGCUGAUCAUCUAGAAAUCGACAGUAAAGGAAGUGUGGUCUCCACUGGGGACACCAAUCUGUGCAAGUUGAACAACUGUUUAUCUGGUCCUCCACAGAAUUCUUCACAAAAACAUCUCUUUUAUGCUGUUCAUAAAGAACAGAAUCCUCUUGUUUUUGGCUCUAAUUCAAAUCUGAAAUGUAAGAAAAUGGAACCCCAGCAAGCUGUAUUUCUGCAUUCGAAUAUUCUCAACGAUACAGAUAAAGAAAUGACUUUAUCACAACAGCAGUCUAAAGAUAUACUUUCAAGUGAAAUGGAUGCCACUUUAUGCACAUCCACCAAUGUGGCUGGUUUUACUAUUCCUGAAAAUGGAACCCUUGUUCAGCAAGUGCCUCCCUUAAAAAAUACUGGACUAACAGAGACCAAUGUUUGUUCCAGUAAUAUUCCCAGUUUCCUCAGGUCACAGCCGAGUGCAAUUAGUAAUGCAAGGUCCAAAGGGACACAACAAUGUGAUGUUCAGACUAGCACACCUCAUUGUUCACUUCACAAUAUUACUUCUGUUCCUUUGAGUCUUUCAAGGUCUACAGAUUCUAAACAAGAACUGAAAACUGUGUGCAUCAGAGAUUCACAGUCAAUUCUUGUUACAACUAGAGGAGGCAAUACAGGGAUUGUCAAAGUACAAAAAUCUACAGAUCACCCUGGUGGUUUUUCCAAAAGUCCAAUCAUAACAAUUUCACCUCAGUUCCAAGCCUUACUUGUUUCCAAAACUUCCUCUGUUUUUUCUCCUAAUACUGGUCAGUCUGGCACAAUAUCAGCAGCAACUACUGGCUCAAAAGUCCAAACAGUUGCUGAAACAUCCAGCAUCUCCCUCAAUCAAGAAGUGAGCAAGUAUUCAAAUACUACGAAACGUCAAGGACUCACUGGUUCAAGUGGCUACACAUCAACAUCAAAUCGUGGCAUACCUGCAGUGUCAUGUCCUCUGACUAUGGUGAAAAAUGUCAAGCCACCACUCAGUAACUUUAUUACUCCCCCAAGUGUGACAGCAGCAGACUGUAUCAGUCAGCCUCAUCUCAAUCAGGCUAAUGCAGAUAAUGGAUCACAUAUCGCCAAAUUCAUUUUAAUCAAUCCCCCUUCUUCCCAUGAUAACGUUUCUUACGCCAAAACACUUCCUAUUUCGUCCACGCUUAUAAACCAGCAAAACACUAUAGCAAAAUCACCUUUGAUUCCUAUACAAUGUGCCAAUAAGGUCCUGAAGCAGACUGCCACAGGAGCUAUACAAGUGGUGGCAACUUCAUCCACUCCAUCCAAAAUGGGUAUCUACAUGAAUUCUGUCAACUCUGUCUCUGUUCCCAAAAACAAGGAUGUUUCUGUAUCUUCAGGAAGAUCUACAGAGCCUAUCAAGUUCCCAUGCAUGACUGCCACCACCAUCUCACAGAACACACAAUCAUCUACCAAAUGCCGUGAUACAGAAGAAAUGGUAACCACUACAACACAAACGGUCUUCAUAAAUCCCAAUGUAAUUUCAACUGUUCCUGCUCCUGCCACAUCACUUUCUAGUUUAAAGCACCUUGGCAUUUCUUCCAUAACUAUGAAUUCUCAGUCAGAAAAUCUAACUUGUCCUAGCACUAACUCUUUGUCAGUAGAUAUUCCUCAAAACAUCAUGUGGUCCAGCAACUCAAAAGUUCAGCUAGCAACAUCGCAAAGCCCUCCAAAUCCAAUAUCAGCUCUGAGCCUAAAACACAAGUCUCUAAAUAACCAAUUUGUGUCAAAUAAAAGUGGGCAUUUUGACAAAACGUCAUUAUCGCCACCACUUUCUUUCACUAAACCUCAAGAUUGUACUACUACUACUACUUCUACUACUACUACUUCUACUACUACUACUACUAUAACUAUUACUACUACUACGUCAUCAACAACAUCUCUCACAAGCUCAGUCCAAAAGCAAAUGGUUAUCAACACUUCAACACGUCUUGCAGGUGGUACACGUAUUGUUCUAAAUAAUGCUCACUUUGUGGUCCCACCCCAAGGUUUAGGGCCAGGCAGCCAUGUUCUUGUCAUUUCAGGUCAUGCACCACAAGUGCCUAGUCCAAGUGUUGUAACAGAAGACACUGUACCACAUCAAGGGGUGAACAAAGGCCAGGUGCUUCUACAGCCCUCAGCUACGCUGCCUGGUGUACCAGCUAUUAGAUCUCCUUUUGUAGCAUGCACAUCAACUGUUGCUUGUGCAGUACAAGCUACUAGUCCCAUAAUCUCAGUACCCAGAAUCAAUAGCCCACACAACACAGUAGUAGUUAAUCAACUUGACUCAGUAGCAAAGUCUCAGUUUUUGCAGACUGGUAACAUUGGAAAACAUACAGAAGGAGCCUCCAUAGUCUCCACUUAUCCAAGUAUAUUGCCUCUGGUUUCCACUGCCUUGACCAAUGCAUCUACCAUUGGCUCAUCCUUCAGAUCUGAAUGCUUGACUACUACUGUAGCUUCAGUAGGUCUCUCAUUGCCUAAUGUUUCACCACCCAUAUUAUCGUCUGCUGUCUUUAUCCAACCUAUUAAAACAGAUCUUGCACAUCUGCUAAAAGUUGAAUCUACUCCAUACUCACAGGGUUUGCUGUCUCCUACUCAGAUGACUAAAGGUUUUUCAGAGAAGUCCCUAGCUUUACAAGUACCAUCCCAGCAUCAAACCAUAAAAGUAGCAUCCAUUUCCAGUUCUACAUCAACUGCAUUAAUGCACAUGGGACUUGGCAGCUUAUCGUUUAAAAAACAAGGACAUACAGUGGUAAAUCCAGUCUCGACGAUUGCACAGGCUAACACUGCUUUAGCAACUCAAAUUGUGCCGCCAGCUGUGAGUCCGGGAAUGUGGACACUGCCGUGUUCUGGGGGGAUUGUGAAAGCUGGUGAAUCAAACAGCCGCACAUGUGACACUGCAGCUCGCUCACUCCCUGACAAAAAAAGUCCCACCCAUUGUCCUGUCAUUGUGACCAAUCCAGCAAUGGAAAAGCACUUACAGCAGGCUUCAUUCUUAGAGAUGCAUAGUCCUGUAACGUCAAAGCUACUUAUUAGCCCUGAUGGGGCUGUUUUGAGUACAGUUCAGUGCAAAGCCAAGUCCACUUUGCCAGAAACGCCAUCUGGACUCUUGAUUUCAACUGCUGCACUUCAGACAGAGAAUUUGCUAUCACAACCUUCACAGAUGGACUCUAAAUUUGACAAGUGAAUUAACUGUGCCGAUGCACCUUCUGCUUACCAGGAGUGCCAUGUUAUGCUUGGUCUGCCUUUGUUUAAAACUUCUGCUUUCAAUUUUUAUAGAGCAACAAAGUCCAAACAUCAAUGGGUUGAUGUGAACAGUAGCAGACUGGAAACGUACUGUGUUUUAUACUGUAUUUGAUGUAGCUUUUGGGAUUGAAUGUUAAGACUUUUUUGAGUUUUUUUAAGGCCACAAUUCCUGUACCUUCUAAUCAUUAUCAACCAUACACUGUCCAUUGUGGUCCUUAAUAGUAGAUAAUACACGCUGCUUCAGAUUUCUAGAUCAUUUAAUGAACAAUCUCUAUCUACUGUGAGACAUUUAAUUGAUUGAAACAGUCAGGUCAGUUUGUACUACAUUGAAAUGAUAUUGUUUCAUUUAUUUAUUUUAUUACUUUAUUAUAUGUAUUUUAGGAAUAUUUGGUACAUUUUCAUUGGAUAAAUGUGAAAUGGAAAUGUGCAUCGAAAUAAAACACUGCAACUGUCUCCAAAGGUAGAACCGUUUUUUCCCAAGUGGAAAUGAAUAUUUCAUGUGAAAUAAUUUAUAGAAUAACAUAAAAAUAAACACGUUUAUGGACUUCUUGG